AACCCAUCGGCUUCUGACUUGCACUGAUUCCUGCUCUUCCCCAAUCCUAUCCGUUGCCCUUUCCCUCUCGCUCGUCUUCGCACAUUCAUCAUGGCCGACUCUUUGACUGAAGAACAGGUCUCCGAAUACAAGGAGGCCUUCUCUCUGUUCGACAAGGAUGGUGAUGGCCAGAUCACCACCAAGGAGUUGGGCACUGUUAUGCGCUCGCUGGGCCAGAACCCCUCCGAGUCCGAGUUGCAGGACAUGAUCAACGAGGUUGACGCCGACAACAAUGGCACCAUUGAUUUCCCCGAGUUCCUGACGAUGAUGGCCCGAAAGAUGAAGGAUACCGAUUCUGAGGAGGAAAUCCGGGAAGCUUUCAAGGUCUUCGAUCGCGACAACAACGGGUUCAUCUCGGCCGCGGAGCUGCGCCACGUCAUGACUUCCAUCGGCGAGAAGCUCACCGACGACGAGGUCGACGAGAUGAUCCGUGAGGCGGACCAGGAUGGCGACGGCCGGAUCGACUACAACGAGUUCGUCCAGCUGAUGAUGCAAAAAUAAACGUAUUUCCUUUUGUCCUGUUCGUGCAUUGAUAAGUGAAAGGGGGAGAGGUGGGGGCCAAGAAAUUUAUUCCAUCACAUCCCAUCUCAUGCUUUUGCCGUUGUCUGUAGUCCUGGUCUUUGACUGCAGAAUACCCUGCGGCUGUUCUGGCUAUGCGUAGCCUCGUGGGAGGUGCACCUUGGUCUGCCCCGGGGAAGAGUAGAGUCGGAUCUUAGAUUGUGAGCCGAGUGGGUUAAGAAGAUGUCCAGGUGUCAGUUAGAAACCAGACCAAUUCUUGACCAGCCCGAGCUCUUUCUUGUGCCACCAUUUCCUUCCGAUUUCUUUGAUCCUUGUCCAUAUUGCUUCACUUGCGUUACCCUGUCUUUAGCCCGUCCAAUGAUUACUCGUAGCUUUGGCUGCACUGACGAAUGAGGCUGUGAUGUUUUUAUUA